UAAUAACACGAUUCAAAAUGAAUAUGGAUGAUCAAAUCCUGCCUCUUUUAUAUAAACAGGCGACACCUGUCAUUGUCGGAGAAUAUUUUAGUAACUAUACAGAAAACUUGUUCAAAAUAUCUGAAACAGUGUACAAAGAUAAGAUAAACAAACAAGCCGAGGUCUCAACCUCAGCCGUGCCAAAAUUUGUAACCUCUAAGGAGUCAGCCUGGCUCAGUAGCCUUUCCUUUGAUAGUUCUAACAAACUUAGUCCCCCUCCUGAAGGCUUUCAGAAAGCGUUCACCGAGCGGAAAAAGUCUGAAGAAGAGCUCAAAGAUUCGUCUAAAUUAGACAAAGAGCCCAAUUCAUCUCCAACAAUCGAGAUAGAUCUAGAAAAUGAAGAGGAGAAAUAAGGUGAUAAUGGAAGAAGAUAAAACUCUUUCUUACGAACUUCCUGUGAUGCAACCUCAUGCUCACAACUGAAGAAAGACUACUAAGAAGGUGUUUACCAAUCAAUCGCCUCAUUGGAAGCGAAUUGAUGUGAAGCAAAAGAAGAUCACUAGGGGUUUGUCCCAUUUAUGAAAAUCGUUUAUUAACAAGUGGAUGAAAUCAAGCAAAGAUCGUAAAUAGAAAUUUCUUUGAAAGCUUAGACUAUCUACUGAAAGAGUACUUCCCCUCCAUUUAUCAAGACAAGAGGAUCGAGGCACUUGGAAGUAUCGGAAAGAUCAUCCUUAUGAUUAAGUUCGAGAAGGAGGUCAGCUCCUCUAAAUACCUCACUCAGAAGGAGAAAACUAAAAUUUUAAAUUACGGAAAGAAUUUUACGAAGUGUAAAAACAAAUGAUCUACAUCCAGAGAGCGAGAGAUGAUCUGUGAAAGUGGCCCUGUGCUCAUGGGGAAGAUCCUCUACAUUUCCUCGGCCAAAUUACAAGAAGAAUUCUGGGGAAAGAUUUUCUGCAGGAAGAAUCAGAUAAUCUUUAACAGGGAGGAGUACGUCACAACUUUGAUAGAGGACAUCGAGAGAAUCCCUAUCUACACAACUAUUGAUUUGGAUGAGUUUUACAAGAAGGAAAAUCUUUAAGCUCCAUUGUUGCUCAUCCCGCCUGAUGGUUAAACAUGAGGUUGCUAAUUCUUAUAAAUUUGUUUAAAAAUUAU